AUGGAAGAGACUCGUGACGGGAGGAUCGUGGAUGGCAAGAUCGAGCUCUCGACAGCUUUGUGGGAGACACAACUGGAGAUUCCCGACCGUCAGGAUCCUUCGGAGGUUGAUGUCAGGGAUGCCAACACACCGGACAAGUGGAUCAAACGGCAUCCGGCCAUGCUGCGCAACACUGGAGCCCAUCCCUUCAACUCCGAGCCGCCGCUCAAGCCCUUGCAGGAGGCAGGGUGGAUCACGCCCCCCUCUUUGUACGUGGUGCGGAACCAUGGCGCCGUUCCGCAGCUCUCCUGGGCCGAGCACCGCCUCAAGAUCACAGGAGUUCCCAAGCCAAUCGACCUCAGCAUGGAUCAGCUCGCAUCUGGAGAGUGGGGUGCCAUUGCCUCUAUCCCAGUGACCUUUAUUUGCGCUGGCAACCGUCGCAAAGAGCAGAACUUGACCAAGAAGACUGUUGGUUUCGACUGGGGUGCAGGCGCAGUUGGCAACUCUGUCUGGACUGGAAUCCGACUCUGUGAUCUGCUUGCUGCCGUGGGCAUUACUCGUGCGUCGAAGGAACAUCGCUUCGUCCACUUCGAAGGGCCUCUUGGUGAGCUGCCCCAAGGGAAGACCGGCUCUUAUGGAACCUCCAUUGACAUUGGCUGGGCACUGGACAGGGAGAGAGAUGUCCUGCUAGCCUUCAAGCAGAAUGGAGAGCAGUUGACGCCGGACCACGGCUUUCCCUUGCGAACGCUUCUGCCUGGGUGCAUUGGUGGGCGCAUGAUCAAAUGGCUGACCAGCAUGUGGGUUUCGGACCAGCCCUCCGAGAAUCACUACCACUACUUUGACAACCGGGUGUUGCCACCCCACGUGGAUGCCGACCUUGCCUACGCGGAGGGUUGGUGGUACAAGCCCGAGUACAUCAUCAAUCACAUGAACAUCAACUCGGCCAUGUUCGAGCCGCGCCACAAUUCAUUCGUGAAGCUGGAUGCGCCGCCAAAGACCGUAAAGGUGAGCGGGUAUGCUUACACGGGUGGAGGCAACAAGAUCAUCCGCGCGGAGAUCUCUUUGGACAGUGGCAAGUCUUGGCAGAUCACGGACCUCACGAGGCCGGAGGACGAGAUCGCCGCAGCCCGUGGCACGGACAAACACUGGUGCUGGGCCUGGUGGGAGACGGAGGUGGACACAGACCUUCUGGGCUCCUGCGAGGAGAUUUGCUGCCGCGCCUUUGACUCCAACCAGAACUCCCAGCCGGUGCAGCUCACUUGGUCAGUGAUGGGCAUGUUGAAUAACCCCAUCUAUCGCAUCAAGAUCCACAGGGAGCGCGGCAUGCUGUGGUUCGAGCACCCCACGCAGGGCUCCAUGCCGGGUGGCUGGAUGACCGAGGAUGCGGGCAAGUUCAAUGACGGGUUCGCCGUGCCGGCCACACCCGGCAAGACUGGCGUGCAACCUUUGCGGCCGGUGGCAGCCACUUGGAAGGGAGCGGCGUCGGCAGGGGCGAAGGCCGCGAAGGCUGUUGUUAAGCCUACCACCGCCGGCAAGUUCGUGAAGUCCACGGAGUCAUGGCUCACGGAGGGAAUCACCAUGGAGGAGGUGGCAAAGCACAACAACGAGAAGUCGUGCUGGUUCGUCGUCAAGGGACAGGUGUAUGAUGGCACGCCCUACCUGGAGGACCAUCCUGGGGGUGCUUCCUCCAUGCUGCUGGCUGUCGGCAUUGACGCAUCCGAGGAUUUCGAGGCAGUGCACUCUUCGCGAGCCUGGGACAUGCUCAAGGACUACUACCUCGGCCCCCUGAAGGAAAGCGAGUCCAGCGAUUCGAGUUGGUUGGAUGGCUUGUCGAGCGUCUCGCACGGCGCGCUGAGUCUUUUUUCCGGGUUUCUGGAGACCCUUGCGGCGCCUGUACGUGCUUUGGCAGGCCCGGCAUCCUUCCUGGACCCCAAGAAGACUCAACAGCUGUGCCUCUCCGAGAAGAUCGUGGUGAACCACGACACCCGCAUCUUCCGCUUUGCACUGCCUUCUGCCUCCAUGCAGCUGGGCCUGCCCACUGGAUUGCAUAUGAUGCUCAAGGCUCAGGUCGACGGCAAGCCAGUGAUGCGGGCCUACACGCCUAUGACAGAUGACAGCACGCUGGGCCACGUGGACCUCUUGGUGAAAGUCUACUUCAAGGGCGUGCACCCCAACUUCCCGGAAGGCGGCAAGAUGUCGCAGCACUUGAAUUCCAUGGAUAUCGGAGACUCCAUCGAUGUGAAGGGCCCCAUCGGAGAUUUCAUCUAUCUUGGCAAAGGGCACUACACCUUGCAUGGACAGCCGCGCUUCUGCACAGAGAUCUCCAUGAUCGCCGGAGGCACCGGGCUCACGCCUUGCUACCAGGUGCUCGCAGCCAUCCUGCGAGACCCCGAGGACACCACAAAGGUGCGGCUCUUGUAUGCCAACCGCAGCCCGGGGGACAUCCUGGCCCGGGAGAUUCUGGAGGAGCUUGCGGAAAAGCACCCGGAGCGCUUUCAGCUGACGUUGACGGUGGACAAGUUGACCGAGGCGAUCGACGCCAACGUCAGCCCAACUGCUGAGAAGGGAGCGGAGUGGAAGGGCUUCGUGGGCUUCGUGAACGAAUCGAUGGCAAGGGCCUCGCUCUUCCCUGCGGCGGAGACCGGCAUUUGCGUCAUGUGCGGGCCUCCGGUGAUGCUGGAGAAGGCGUGCCAGCCGGCUCUGAAAGCCAUGGGCUUCAGUGAGGAGAACAUCUUUUCCUUCUAG